CAGCUUGGCUAUUCCAUCGCCUCUUCUUUGGCCUUCGUCGUGGGGAUUAAGAUGCCUGUACUUUCAGCGGUAAGUUUAGAUUCUUCCUGCCAAGUAAGCUCGUUUCAACUGAAGCUGAGCUUAUGUAAUAAGCUAAGCUUAAUUACAAUAGCAUACUUUCGAUGAAACUUUUAACAGCGUUUGUUGUCUUUGAAAUCAGACACGAACUGCCCUUAGGCUUUAUUGACUCCACAAACCUGACCCACUUCGAUUAACUUGAACCUUUUCUUGGCAUUGUUGUGUAAAGCUGUGGUUUUUGUGGCUCGGAGCUGGGUCGUCUUUCAUUUGAAUAAGCCCUCAUCAUAGUAACUCCUCUUUGGUUUUUCCCUUAAAUUUUAAAGUAAAAAGACUUUGAAUGUGCCUUGUCUGAUGGUAUAUAUUUUGAGUGAUGUCGUGCCAACUGCUUACUUUUUGGGAAACCACUUGAAGGUUUGAGAAUGUUGAACAUUUUUGGCGUUGUUUUAUGAAUUAUCAGGGCUCUUGAUCUUAACAAACCAAAGUAAUGAUCGCUCGUUUCUUGGCUAUGGGAAGUUUACUCUUUGGGUUAAUUUUCCCUGAAUUUUUGUGGCAAGCUGUUAGCAUGUCUUGACUUUUAUUUGUUUUGCAUGAGUGCUGUUAUCGUUUAACACCAAACACUGGAAGACGCUUUACCUUUAAUACUCCAUUUUAUACAGCCUGAAAAAUGUGGUACAUUUGCUCGGACGUUAAGCAUUAAUCUUAUGUGUUUACAUGUUUCUCACACAAUUCAUUGGCACACUGACUUACAAAAUUAAACCAUAAGAAUGUAGCUGUACAUCAUGAAAAAGAUCAAAAUUUGAGAGUACUACAACUAAAACUGACCAAGCCACACUGACCAGGGUGUACUCACUUUUCUUGAGUCUCAGAUUUCAGCAGGUGUAGUGUAGUUCAGGCAGUUAGGGAACUUGAUCAGAAUGUUAGGUAGGUGUCCAUGCAUGUAUUUAUUUCCACAUUUGUGGGGGCCAUUGGGGGGUACGCAGAACCGUAAUCACAUACAUGUAAGAAAAAUUACCAUGUCAAAAAUCAACUAAAUACCUAUAUUGCAUUUAAGAUCGGUCACGUUUACUGAAAGCUGUAUCCAUCUCGUGUUUGUUUAUCUCAAGCAAAUAUGCACCAAAAAUCAACCUCAGCCAUUGCAAGAAAAUGUGAGAAGACAUUGAAUUUAUCAAUGCAAUGAUAAAAACCUCAGUCAUUGGAUGCAACAACAAUUCCAUUUUAGUUUAGUUGUCAAAAAUAGUGUAAUCAUUUACCCUUACGUCUAAAGAGUUAAAAAAUAGUAACUUUAAUGAAUCUGUAUAGCUUACUGUGGUUUUUGUUGCAUAAUUUGUUUUGGCCUUUGUUUUCGGGUCUGCAUUUUCAGGGGUCUUCAUUUUCGCAGUGCUCUGAACAGUACUGCAAUAUCAUGAAGAACACGGUCACCCAAAAGGAUGAAAAAGGCCUGUCACAGGGCUAGAUGAUGCUGCAAUACUGCACAUUAAAAUAGAAAUUACUGACAAAAUGUACAGCUUUAAAAAAGCUCAAUACCUUAACACCUUAAACCCCAAUGUCCCCCUCACAUUGAGUUCUCCUCAUGUUUUGAAAUAAUAUUAUUGAUGCCUGAUAAAAUUAAACCUACAUGUAAUAUAUUUUUUUUCUUAUCUUUUCAUAAAAGUAAUUAUUGAACACUUUGAAAUAUAUUCUUAUAAUUAUUAAAGCAAUGUGGGUCAUUGUAGAUUGUAAAUUAUUGGAGAGGUGCUAAUGCAACAUCACCGCUUAGAGCUGAUCAAGCACAAUGCAGUUCUAAAAGUCACCAGGAAGAAGCUUGCGUACUUUCUUCAGUGAAAGGUGUCCAGAAUGGAGAUGAAAAUAUGAUGGAAAAAACACAAAAUAACAAUGAAAAGGUUAGAAAUCUCUAUUAAUUUUAUUCUUCACUGGUCAUAGAAAUAAUAUGGCGGAAUGGCAAUUUGCAUUCUAAUAUGUCUGCUAUUGAACAUUAAAUGACCUGAUUGUUUAGAAGAUUUCAUUUGAUAGAUGUCUCAGCGUGCAAAGAAAGUCGUGUCCGAUAGCCCGGGACUAGUGGAUUUUGCUAUUGGGUUAGUUAAUUUUGUUCUUAACAUGCCCGAUGGACAAGUGGUGCUUUUUGGGAAAAUUCAAGUUACAGAAGGAUUGUAAUCAAUCAUGCUAAUCAAAAAGGGUUUUGGGGCUAGUUGAAAUGACUUAUGGGCUAGUGCAUGCUAGCUACAGCUUGCCCAAACUAACUUUCUUUGCACCCGUUGUCUUAAUGAUUAAUCAGGAAAUUCAUGUGGCUAGUUUUUGUGACUGUUAAUUGCUUUAUCAAAACCUCACUUAACUUUAAUUCCUUGAUAAAUACAGUGGAACCCUGUUAAUACAGUCACCAAGGAAAAAAAAUGGCCAUAAUAACGACGUGACCGUAUCAUCGAGUUGGCCAUAAGGUGGGGUUCCACUGUAAAAUGCUAUCCUGAAGGUCUUUUUUCUGACACCCACUGCAUGUAUCUACAUUCACUUCAAUUACUUCACAUGACGGUUGAAUGACCAUCAUUAUUUUGCAGUUCACUGAUAAAGAGGAGCUCAAUGAGAAGGAAACUCAGAUGUCAGUUAGUCCCAUUGGCAAUAGUGAUGCUCAACCGGUGAAUCUAAAUUCAGUAGUAAUCAAAGAUGUUGUCAAGGUCAAUCAAAAAGAGGUAAUUUGCCUGGGAAGGAAACGGGAAACACUAUGCUCUUAUUGUGUAACAUUUUGUAACAACAAAAAUUAAACGACAACAUUCAUUGGUAAAGAAUGAACAUCAUUAUUUUGCAGUUCACUGAUAAAGAGGAGCUCAACGAGAAGGAAACUCAGAUGUCAGUUAGUCCCACUGGCAACAGUGAUGCACAACCUGUGAAUCUAAAUUCAGUAGUAAUCAAAGAUGUUGUUGUCAAUCAAAAAGAGGUAAUAAUUUGCCUGGGAAGGAAACGGGAAACACUAUGCUGUUAUUGUGUAAUAUUUUCUAAAAACAAAAAACAAACAACAACGUUCAUUGGUAGAGAAAUAAAGUCUAUGUAGCCAGCGAGAAAAGAGAGUACUUUCAUGUGGUACAUAGUAGCAAGACAGUGCUACUCAGUGUUAUACAUGCACGUACAUCCCUUUACCCUGAUUUUUUUUUAUAACUGUUGGGGAGUGCAAAAUGUUUGUGUUAAAAGAGUCUGUAUUCUCCCCUUUUGGUUUGGCAUCUGAAUAUGCAUAUUUGUCAGCUUGCAAUGGCUUUUUUCAGGUGAAUGGCGAACUCAGUCAGUUAUUGGCUGAUAUGGCAGAGAAUGAAGUAACGGCAGCAAUGGAGGAAGAAGAAAGAGCUAUCCAUGAACAGACAAGCAAAGAGCAACAGGAAAUGAUGCACAAGGUAAAACUGUGGUAUCAUAAUGUAUUAUCAGUUCAUCCACAGGAAUUUACAUUGCAUAUCACCCAAAAAGCAAAAACAAACAUUUUUAAAGAGUAUGUGAACAAGUACCCAAAGCUCAUACUUGUUGCUGUGACUCAUAGCAACCUCGAAACACAGAAAUGUCAGGAGCAAUUGAAGGUUCAGGAAUACCCCCCCAAAAAUGGCAUUGAUUGAUGAAUGAUUUAUUAUCGUUAUUGAAUGCAUUAUUGACCACAGGCUGAGCAAGAGUGGAACAGUAUUGAAGACAAGCAGAGAUUUCUAAGACUGCAGCAUUUAUUGGAAAAGUCCCACAUCUACUGCCAGUUUCUCUUGGAAAGGAUGGAAAGUCAGAAGAAGGAAACACAAAAACAGCAAGAAAGGUUGGCAAAGAAAUUGGAAAAGAAGGAAAAUAAAGAGCAAAACACUUUUCAACAGGUACAUGUGAGGCAUAUGUGAUUGCAAGUUGUAUAACCCCUUAAUGUGGCUUACAAGUGGCUGAACAUGACUGUGGUUGUCUUGUAUGUGCCCUAGGAAUAGAGGUAAAGCUUCUAUGAAGUUUUAGUCUCUGAAGACAGAGAUGGCUGUUUCUGCACGGUGGUUGUCUACAUUGAAACCACACUUUUGACAAUCAAACAUUAUUAAAUACCAAAAGUAUGCAUGGGUGGGAAGUAUCUGAUCAUGUAAAACAAUUAAACAUUUUCUUUCUUCUAAACUUUUUGCACUCGUAGGACUGUUAAAUUUAUGAAAACUUAACAUCGCAGCAGUAUGAUCUUUAUUUUUUCUUCCUGGUCAUCUGAUGUUUUACAUUAUUUUUUUUUCAAGGUGCCACUGGCAGAGCCAAGGGUGACAAGAAGAGCAAGAAAAAAAUUAACAGGAAACACCAAUAGUCCUCAUACUGAUCAAACAGUACCUACAAAAGCAAAGCGAGGUACAAGAAGAAAGGCACAGGAGUCGUCAUCCUACAUGAUUUCUGAGUAUCUUGAUAGAGAGGUAAAUUUUUAUCAAAGAAGGCAAAUACUGUACACAUAGGGAUUGCCUUGAAUCAAGUUUUGAAAUUUUUGUAAUUUAUGAUACAUAUAAAUUCUGCAAAUGAGUGGAAGAGGUUCAAAAUUUGUUACGGUUUGUACAUAAAAUUUUGAUUAUGCCAUGGUUUUUGUUUGCAGUCAUUAGCAAAAAGGCAGAAGUUGAUGGAAGAGGGAGACCCCACAGAAAAAGAACAACUCACCAUGAAAUCCACCAGUGAGCCACAUGCAAUGCCACAAGUCAAUGGGGAACAACAACAGCAAGGGCAUAUUGUAAGCUUAUGGCACAAAUGUUAAAAAUGUUCCCUUAGCAUACAAGAAAACAAGUUAGUAGUGGGAUGCAUUGUCAUUAAAAUCUUUAUCCCCAGCAUCUUGAAAUGUUCACCACAGUAACAUCCCAAAGGUUGUUCUUUAAAAAACCUGAUUAGUUCUGCUGGACCUAUCAUAAAUGUACCUCAUUGUAUACAGUCUACUCCCAGUAACUUGAACCCUCUAUAACUCGAACCUCCCGUUAACUCGAAGUAAUUUUCAUUUCCAUUCAGAUCAUUUUCCAUAUAAUUUUACCCUCGAUAACUCGAACUCCCGAUAACUCGAACUUUUUUCUAUUUCCCUUGAAGGUUCGAAUUAUCGGGAGUCGACUGUAGUUCCAACUGUAUCUUUAGCAAGAGUGAGAGAAUAAUGAUUAUUUUAAUCCACCUUAGCUCUUCCUACAACCAGUUCAAACAUGUAUAAAUUUUCAUAUCUAUUGUGUUCAUUGAAGGGUGGUGCAGUUAUGUAAAUUCUAUAUGCCUACUGACACGGCCAUGUCAUGUCAAUUCUCUUUGGGAAAUUGUGAGACCUCAGCAUACCAUAGUGCACUGCUGUGGUUCAAUCCAUGGGCUUAAUUUCCCUGUCCCGUUGGUCAACAGGCUGGUUACUCGAAUAGUCAUGAUGAUAAAUCAACAAUUCAGCCGUCAUUUAUCACUGGUGGAACUCUGAGGCCAUACCAGUUAAAAGGCCUGGCUUGGCUUAAGGUCAGUUCUGUAUGCAAGUAAAUUUUACACAUUUAAGAAUAUAAUAUAUUUAAUUUUUAAAUGGUAUUGUUAACUGGGCUUUUCCAGUAGCUAGGCUUUGUUUUUGUGAUAGUACAUUUAACAUACCCCUGUAAUGCUCAUUUCCCUUAUGUUGGCUGUUUGGUCAGCAAUAAAUAGAAUAAUAAUUAUGGGCCAUACUACAGCAGUAAGAUAAGUAUAUCAUUUUUAUGUAGACAUGUGUAUCCACUCCCCUUGCCACCCUUUGUUAGAAAAGACGCAGAAAGUUUAUGAAGUCUGAGGAAAAUCACUUAUUGUCUGAUUUUUUCUGCACAGGUUCUGUAUGAAAAUGGAAUGAAUGGUAUUUUAGCUGAUGAAAUGGGCCUUGGAAAAACAUUGCAGUGUAUAUCAAUGCUGGCUUUUCUCGUUGAAAUGGGUGUCAAAGGACCUUUCCUCAUUGCUGCUCCUCUUUCCACUCUGCCUAACUGGGUGCACGAGUUUCACAAAUUUGCUCCAAAGGUGUGAUUUAAUCAUUUUGAAACAAUAGAAAAUAAGAAAAAUUAAUUCCGAAAAUAAGCCCCUCCAAAUAUAGGCCUCCCAAUCCGGUAAUGCAAAAAACCAUCCGUUAAAUCGCCCCUCCAAAUAUAAGCCCCCUGGGGGCUUGUACUUGGAAAAUUGCCCUCAAAUACAAAGUAAAACAAAGCAAAAAUGGUAAAUUUACUUCCCACUACAAGGCUAGCUCAAUCGAUUUUGAAAUGCAAAUUUCCUUCUGUAGAUAAGCCCCUCCAAAAAUAAGCCCCUCAAAAAAGCCCUUUGAAAAAUAUAACCCGCGGGACUUAUUUUCGGGAUUUUACGGUAGGGCUUUUACUUGAGAAUUUUCUCUUUAGUAUCAUUCUUAGCUGAUAGUUGGCAUUUAAUUAUCUGGUGUACAGUAAGCACAGAGAGGUAGCUGUGAUAGUUACAGUGUAAUACGAAUGUUUUUGGAAGUGAUGUGUAUGUUAAUAUGGUAAAAUUGAAAGCUUUUUUGUUUACCCAUCAGAUUCCUGUUAUACUUUAUCAUGGGUCACAGGAAGAACGUCUCCGUAUGCGCUCCAAGUUGGAAAAGCCAGUGACAGUUGACGGCAAUAUCUCGGCUUUUCCUGUAGUUGUUACAUCUUACGAAAUUUGUAUGAGAGAUCAGAAAAGCAUGUAUUCACUGGACUGGAAAUACAUCAUUGUUGAUGAAGGCCAUCGCAUUAAAAACCUCAACUGCAAACUUAUUAGGUAAGAAUGACUUGAUGUAAUAUGUUGGCCAUACAUGUAAUAAAUUUUAUUAUAAAAAUCAAAGGGGAGCCAGAAACAUAGACACAUCAGGCAGGCAUGUAGCUACAUUAAAAUUUAGCUGCUGGUAAAAGGAGCUUAUUGCUGCCUUAAACUAGAAGACAAAGACAUGGGACAAUUCUGAAGGUGCAGUUUAGUAAAAAUUUAGUAGCUGGCUAGAGUGAAAAAUUUAAUAAGCCUGCUUAGCUUUUCCUUAGCGACAUCCCUGUUCAGGUGUAGGGUGGGGUAUUGUCCAUUCUUUAAAGUUAUCAGUUAUUCUUUCUUUGAACAGAGAACUGAAGACAUACAAGGCUGCAAACCGUCUACUUCUGACAGGCACUCCAUUGCAGAACAACCUGUCAGAGUUGUGGUCUUUGUUGAACUUUCUCCUGCCAGACAUUUUUGAUGACCUAGAAAGGUGAAUUUUGCUUGUUUGCUUUUUCACUCAUCAGAUGGUAUUAUUUGAAGCUUUAUUUGUUUCGACAGUACAUAACAGUAUAGUGAUGUUGGGAAAUUUGUUGUUAGCAUUAAUGCAUGUUUUGUCAUCUGUUAGUUUUCAGCGGUGGUUUGAUUUUAGUGCCAUCAAUGAAGAUGGUGGAAGUGAACGAAUAAUUGAACAGGAGAGGGAGCAUCAAGUGUUAGAGCGGCUUCAUGCUGUAAGAAUGUUACUUCACAGUUCAUUUGUAAGGGUGUUGCUUAAGAUAACUUUCAGUAAAAUUA